AUGUCAGGAACACGAUACAGGCGAUUACACGAUCUGGAUUUAGAGUCAGACGUAAUUCAGAACCCAGAAUCCAAUUCAGUGUACUCCACUCUAAUUGGGUUUUUACUUCUAUUUGGAUUCGUUGCAUGUAUGAUAUUUUUAACUAGUGUUCAAGCUCAUCCGGGAUCUAUAUCAGUAAAAGACGCAGCGAAAAAUAGUCCAACUCUGAAACGACUCGAUAACGAAAUUAAUAAUACUGGAAAAAGAAAUAUCACUCAAUGGAUGGAUUAUUAUUUCACACAAGAGGAGAGUCAAUUUCUGAACUGUUCUGAAAUGAUAAAAGGAAAUAAGGAUACGAUUGAGUUGUAUGUGAAUAAUGGACGAAUGAAACUCGAUCAAGAGCGUCUUUUCGAAUUACGAAUGGAUUGUCCAUCCAUCAGACAACGAGUUUACGGAGAUAUGCCUCCAUUCUCACCCCUGAAACGGCCAAUUGCAUUUGUCAGAACUAUUUACAAGAUCUAUGAGCUUCAAGAAGCUCUUUUAUCGUUAUCUUAUCAUCCGGAUAACACAUUUUGCUUUAUUAUGGAUGCAAAAAGCAGUGAUAAACUGAAGAAUUCGGUCAGAAGUAUGAGUGAAUGCUUUGAAAAUGUGAUUGUUCUGGAGAAAGAAUACAUGUUGAAUAGUGGAGGUCAUGGACAAGAUCCUGCUCAUUUCGAUUGUCUUCAAAAUAUUCUGGAUAGAAAAUGGGAUCAUGCCAUUAUCCUACAGAAUUUCGAUUUGGUCAUCAAAACUCCUUACCAACUUUCGGACCUCAGUGAGCGUCUCAACUACACCAGCAUCAUGGGAUUCGAUUUCGGAUUCAGCUAUAGAUAUAACACAAAGGCCGAUUGGACACCAGCUGGAAUGAAACUUUUCAAAAAUGAAACUGGCGUUUCUGAUGAAAUUCUCCAUACAAAGAUGAGAGUUCGGAAGAGCUUGAACGAAGUGAUCAUUUCGAAAGUAUUCGUGAAAUCAUUGUUCGAAAAACUCAAUAUGGAAGUAAUCAUUAAAUUAUUCGAUGAUAACGACUACUACGGAGUUGAUGAAAUGCUCGUUCAAACACUUUAUGAGAACUAUUUGGGAUUGGAUGGCCAGAUGGAAUCGAACUGUACACAAAAUCAUAAUGAUAUUCUCACGAGACUGACUCAUUGGGACUUCUCAGGACCGAAUGGAUUUGACAAGCAGUGUCAUUCAAAAUGGAAAAGGCAUGGAAUCUGUAUAUUGGGUGUUGAGUAUCUGAACGACCUACUUAAAAGUCAGAUGGCAACAGCAAACAAGGUAUUGGCAACUUUUGAUUUUGGAACGAUUGCCUGUAUGCGCGAGAUGAUAAGGAGAAAUGUAACAGGGAAAACACCUGAUGCGGCUUGGUUGACUUCAUUUCCUCAGUUCCGAGAGAUGCAAAAGAAGGCGAAUGGAACGUACGAUAGGAACAGUUUUGAUUGUUAG